AUGAGGGACGGCGCCGACGACGGCGCCGACGGCGUCAAUGGCUUCUACGGCAUCGACACGGUGACCGAACAGACACCUCUCUUGGCUACUGGAGAUAUCGCCCCGAAUAACGAGGCCGUUGAGCAAAGCCAAGACGAAGACCAUCAAGGCAACAAUGUCGACGACAAGCCGUUACCCGUAUGGCAGAUCGUCGCCCUCUGCUACGCGCGCUGGGUCGAGCCCAUCGCCUUCUUCUGCAUCUUUCCCUACAUCAACCAGAUGGCCCAGGAGAACGGCCAGCUCGCCGAUGCCGACGUGGGCUUCUACAGCGGCCUGAUCGAGUCGCUCUUCUCGCUCACCCAAAUGGUGGUCAUGAUCACGUGGGGAAAGGCCUCGGACCGCUUCGGCCGCAAGCCCGUGUUGGUUUUCUCGCUGGCUGGUGUGUCGUGCACCACGGCCCUCUUCGGGAUGGCCACGACCAUCUGGCAGAUGAUCCUCUUCCGCUGCCUCGCCGGCGUCUUCGCGGGCACCAUCGUUACCAUUCGCACCAUGAUCUCGGAGCACAGCACCUCCAAGACACAGGCCCGCGCCUUCAGCUGGUUCGCCUUUACCGGCAACAUAGGCAUCUUGUUCGGGCCGCUCAUCGGCGGUGCCCUCGCCGACCCGGCACGGCAGUACCCCGGCCUAUUCGGCAACGUUUCCUUCUUUAUCAACUACCCAUACGCGCUGCCGAGCUUGGUCGUGGGAGUCAUCGGCCUCUCAGCCGUGGCAGUUACUGCCAUCUGCGUCGAGGAGACCCUCGUCAAGCCCACCGCGGCCGACCGCAGCAGCCACGGCGAAGAAUCCGUCGCCCCCAAGCCCACGUAUACUACCCGGGACCUCUUCGAAGUCCCCGGUGUGCGUAUUGUUCUCUACACUUACGGGCACAUCAUGCUCCUAGCCUACUCCUACACAUCCAUCGUCCCCGUCUUCUGGUUUACCAAGAUCAGCCUCGGCGGCUGGGGCUUCACGUCACUACAGAUCUCCCUUAUGAUGGGACUCAACGGCCUCUCCCAGGCGAUCUGGAUCCUGCUCGUGUUCCCGCCGCUGCACCGGCGCAUCGGCACCAACGGCGUCCUCCGGGUUUGCGCCAUCGCCUACCCGCUCUUUUUCGCCAUGGCGCCCUUCUUCAACCUCCUCCUGCGGGCCGACACCCCCGCGACCACGAAGGCGUUCUGGAUCCUCGCCCCGCCCCUGCUGGCCUUCGGCUCCGGCAUCAGCAUGUGCUUCACCGCCAUCCAGCUCGCUCUCAACGACGUCUCGCCCAGCCCGGCCACGCUGGGCACCCUCAACGCACUCGCCCUGUCCAUCGUCAGCGGCGUCAGAGCCUUCUCGCCCGCCGCCUUCUCGGGCCUGUUCGCCGUUGGCGCGCGCACCCAGUUGUUGUGGGGGUAUGCCAUCUGGGUGCUGAUGGUGGCCAUCGGCCUCGGGUUUACCGUGGUGAGCCGGUUCAUGCCGGACUAUGACGAGUUGAAGAAACAGCGGGCAAGGGAGGGUGACGGGGUGAGGUACUCGGCAGACGUGGGGGUGGAAAGAGCAUCGAGAUUUGCAAGUUUCUUUGCAUUUUUCAGUCGGUGA